AUGAGUGGCAGCACCUUCAUCACGAGCGGCCCCGGGACAGGGGCCACCGCAGUUCCCGUCCCCGGCGGCACCACGGGCUGCUGUGCAAAAUACCACCUCGUCCUGCCCGGCGAAUACUGCAACCAGCUCCGCCUCAAGUACGGCAUCUCCCUGCCCGACUUUGUGACGCUCAACCCGGCCAUCAAAGAGAACUGCACCAACCUCUUCGCCCGGAAAGCUACUGCGUCCAGGCCGUCGGCGACAUCAAUACGUACUCGGGCCGCCCCGGGCACAGCUCCACAAGGCCAACAACAACAGCACUCGCGGGGCCAAGCACCGAAUGGGAGUGGCCGGGCGUUCAGCACGGACCACAGUGACCCUUCUAUAUAACCCCUGCCUUCUUCAUGGAUCCCUUCAGCAGAUUCUGCAUGUCCUCGGUA